CCCCCUCAUGCUCCAGCCUCUGUGUCUGUCACUCACAGGGCUGGCUAGGCUGGGGCAGCUAUGGCAGCAGCAGUAACUUGGAUUCCUCUCUUUGUGGGUCUUCUGGCAGGGCUGAGGGACACCAGGGCCCAGCAGACAGCCUUAUACCCACUUGUGGGUCGUCUUUUCGUGCAUCCCUUGGAACAUGCCACCUUCCUGCGCCUCCCAGAACACAUUGCAGUGCCACCUACUGUGCGACUCACCUACCAGGCCCACCUCCAGGGACAUCCAGACCUGCCCCGGUGGCUGCGCUACACACAACGCAGUCCCUAUAGCCCUGGCUUCCUCUAUGGUACUCCCACUCCAGAAGACCGUGGGCGCCAGGUCAUUGAGGUCACAGCCUACAAUCGUGACAGCUUUGACACUACUAGGCAGCGGCUGCUGUUGCUGAUUGAGGACCCCGGAGGUCCCCAGUUGCCAUACCAAGCCGAGUUCCUGGUACGCAGCCAUGAUGUGGAGGAGGUACUGCCCUCCACACCUGCCAACCGCUUCCUCACCGCCUUGGGGGGACUCUGGGAGCCAGGGGAACUCCAGUUGCUCAACAUCACGUCUGCCUUGGACCGUGGAGGUCGCGUCCCUCUUCCCAUUGAGGGCCGGAAGGAAGGGGUAUACAUCAAGGUGGGCUCUGCCACGCCCUUCUCUACCUGCCUGAAGAUGGUGGCAUCACCAGACAGCUAUGCACGUUGUGCCCAGGGACAGCCUCCAUUACUGUCCUGCUAUGACAGCUUGGCACCCCACUUCCGAGUUGACUGGUGCAAUGUAUCUCUGGUGGACAAGUCAGUGCCAGAACCCCUGGAUGAGGUGCCUACUCCAGGUGACGGGAUCCUGGAGCACGACCCAUUCUUCUGCCCACCCACUGAGGCCACAGGCCGAGACUUCCUGGCAGAUGCUUUGGUCACCCUCUUGGUGCCCCUACUGGUGGCCCUACUGCUCACCCUGCUACUGGCUUACAUCAUGUGUUGCCGGCGUGAAGGACAGCUGAAGAGAGACAUGGCCACCUCUGACAUCCAGAUGGUUCACCAUUGUACCAUCCACGGGAAUACAGAAGAGCUUCGGCAGAUGGCGGCCAGCCGCGAGGUGCCCCGGCCUCUUUCCACCUUGCCCAUGUUCAACGUGCGCACCGGAGAGCGGUUGCCUCCUCGAGUGGACAGCGCACAGGUGCCCCUCAUCCUGGACCAGCACUGAGAGCAAUGCCAGG